AAACCUGGUAGGCCAAGCCACGAACGUAGACUGCACUCCAGGUCGAACGAACUACUAGUAACGUUACUCUCCAAGCAGCCGUCGGUGACGAAGAUUGUUUCUAAAAUCAUAUUCCUCGUUUUCUGUGUGGUGGGACCGGCACAUGGCAAAGGCCACAAUUUUCCCAUCAACGUCUGGUUGAGAGUGCAUGGUCAGAGUUUGGUUCAGAGAACGUGACGAUUUUCAACCCCAACAUCUGCUUGAAUAUGAGAUACGUAUCGGUCUGCUGCGUUCGGGCAGUCUCAUUCUUGAUUGGCUAGUUUUGAACACUGGUUGCUGAUUGGGUCACAUAGAUGUUUAGUGUUCCGCCGAGGUCCGUACAUCCAUUUAAAUUAUCCCAAUCUCCCGUCCGACCUCAUUCUUCCACUCAACUGAUCAAAAUGUCUGGACGUGGCAAAGGAGGCAAGGGACUCGGAAAGGGAGGCGCUAAGCGUCAUCGUAAGGUGUUGCGUGACAACAUCCAGGGCAUCACGAAGCCCGCCAUCCGUCGUCUGGCCCGCCGUGGUGGUGUCAAGCGUAUCUCUGGUCUCAUCUACGAGGAGACCCGUGGCGUCCUCAAGGUCUUCCUGGAGAACGUCAUCCGUGAUGCCGUCACCUACACCGAGCACGCCAAGCGCAAGACCGUCACCGCCAUGGACGUUGUCUACGCUCUGAAGCGCCAGGGCCGCACUCUGUACGGCUUCGGCGGCUAGAUUAUCUGACUACAAACGACGACCCCGGCCCUUUUAAGGGCCACCCACAUCCUCCUAAAGAAUUGUAUCGUAACUGUCAGCACGACUUGGUGUUAAAUGCACAACUUUAACUAACAGGCCAUUGCA